AUGAACGACCAGUACCACCGAGCAGCCCGGGAUGGCUACCUGGACCUGCUGAAGGAAGCCACCAAGAAGGACCUCAACUCGCCAGACGAGGAUGGCAUGACCCCGACCCUCUGGGCCGCCUACCACGGCAACCUGGACGCUCUGCGCCUCAUCGUCAGCAGAGGGGGGGAUCCAGACAAAUGUGACAUCUGGGGGAACACCCCCCUUCACCUGGCAGCAGCCAACGGCCACCUGAACUGCCUUUCCUUCCUCAUCUCUUUUGGGGCCAACAUCUGGUGCCUGGACAACGACUACCACACCCCGCUGGACAUGGCAGCCAUGAAGGGGCACAUGGAGUGUGUGCGCUACCUGGACUCUAUCGCUGCCAAGCAGAGCAGCCUCAACCCCAAGCUGGUGAGCAAGCUGAAGGACAAGGCCUUCCGUGACGCCGAGCGGAGGAUAAAGGACUGCGUGAAGCUGCAGAAGAAACACCACGAGAGGAUGGAGAAACGGUACAGAAAGGAAAUGUCGGAUAAUUCAGACACCAUGAGCUUCUCCAGCUACUCGAGUAGCACCUUAAGCAAGAAGUUCCAACACAUGUCUAUGGUGACGUCCCUGCCAUAUUCACAAGCCACCAUCCACGGCACAGCCAAGGGAAAGACGAAAAUACAGAAGAAGCUAGAGAAGAAGAAGCAGGUGGAUGGGACCUUCAAGAUCUACGAGGAUGGGAGGAAAAGCGUGCGCUCUCUGUCCGGCCUGCAGCUGGGGAACGACGUGAUGUUUGUGAAGCAGGGCACGUACGCCAGCCCCAAGGAGUGGACCCGCCGUAAUAUCAGAGACAUGUUCCUCACAGAUGAAGACACCGUCUCCCGUGCCAUAAGCGACCCGGGUUUGCACAUGGACUCGGCCCAUUCAGAAGUCAGCACUGACUCUGGCCACGACUCCUUGUUCAACCGCCCGGGGCUGGGCACCAUGGUGUUCAGGCGCAACUAUGUCAGCAGUGGGCUCUUUGGGAUCGGCCGGGAGGAUGCCGGCCUGCCAGGCGAAGGCGACACGGAUGGGCUAGGUGUCAAACUGCGGAGCCGCCUGCAGCGCUCGCCAAGUCUCAACGAUAGCAUUGGCAGUGCCAACAGCCUGCAGGAGAGGAACGCGGAGGACCUACCCUGGGACGAGGUGGAGCUGGGCUUAGAUGAUGACGAUGAACCUGACACCAGCCCCUUGGAGACUUUUUUGGCUUCCCUGCACAUGUUUGAGUUCAUCUCCAUCUUGAAGAAGGAAAAGAUCGACUUAGAGGCCCUCAUGCUGUGUUCAGACAAUGACCUGAAGAGCAUCAAUAUCCCACUGGGCCCCAGGAAAAAGAUUGUGGAUGCUAUCCAGAGGAGACGGCAGACUCUGGAGAGGCCAGAUGUCAUUGUAGACACUGAACUGUAA